CAUCUUACAGUGCCAGUCAUCAUGAAGUUUUUGAUCCUUGCCGCUCUGGCCGCCGUGGCCGCCGCCGACACACAAGGAUAUGGCGCUCCCCCACCUCGCUAUGCCUCCAGCGAAGAAAUCGCCAUCUUGAGGGACGAACGCGUGAUCGAGGACGAUGGAAGGUACAACUUUGACAUGGAGACUGCCAACGGCAUCGUGGCAUCAGAGCACGGCACUCCCGGAGAGAAGGGAGCCAUCAACAGCGCCGGAUCCUUCUCAUACACCGCUCCUGACGGCACUGACGUCCACCUGCAGUACGUUGCUGACGGGAACGGCUUCCAGCCUCAGGGCGCCCAUCUGCCAGUGGCUCCCGCGUUCCCCCACCCAAUCCCUGACUUCGUCCUCGAGCAGAUCGCCUUCGCCGCUGAGGAGGACGCCCGUAACGCCAAGAGGCCCUCCGUUGGUUACCAGUGAUUAGAUAUUGUUAUGAGAUUAGAAGAAACGAAUGAGAUCCGACAUGACCUUGUACAUAAAUAUCUAUAUUUAUUGUUUGAUAAUUAAAUAUUACGUCAUA